CUCCCCGGUCUGUACCCCUCUCGGCUCAUGGUCUCGUCAUGUAUCAAUUGGCCGAGGUGGGGCUAGCUAUGAGACGCGGAUUGCGGUCGCGAGCGACCUGGUGAGUGUUCCUUCUCCGAUUUCAUCUUCCUUGGCAGUCUUUUGAAUGAGGCACGUGAUGGGCCAUCAUAAGGCGAUCGGCUGAAGCCUGCGCGCGUAUCAAACUCGCUCCACAAUUGCCUGUGCAAGUUCAUUGGUAUGUAGCUCUGCCGCCGACCGUGCUGAUGUAGCGCCUGCAGUCGAGAGGCCUAUAAAGGCUGAUACUGCUUGCCUACAUUCUUGAGACCCGACCACCAUGCAACGAUCACUACCCCUCCUCGUUUUUCUGUCAGCCUGCAUCUACGGCAUCCAGGCUACCCCUCUGGUAGUCGAUACACCGACCGAGAUCAUCCAAUGUGGGGUGACUAACAUCACUUGGUCAGGAGGAAGUGGCGCAUACAGCUUGGUGAGAUGACAUGUUUUCGAUUACGCUGCCUGUGAACGCCCCGCUGACGAAUCGCAUUCCGGCUCCGCAGUCGAUUAGGGACAACGGUGAGGUUGUCGAAGACUCCGAGCGUCUGUCCGAAACCAGCUUUGAGUGGGCUGGCUACGGAGCGCCUGCCGGCUCUACCGUUAUCAUCUACGUAACCGAUACCGCCGGGGACGGAGCAUCGACUGCGCCUGUCGUGGUCUCGCCCAGCUCGGAUUCGAGCUGUCUGGACCCCGGCUUCUAGAACUGUAUGUACUAAUCGUAUAUCAUCACGCAUGUUUUGUAUGCGCAGUUGCCCAUCUGAAGAUAGAUGGACCGUGCUUCAACGACUGAACGGAACAACCGCAUCAGCGUAUCCUGUGCUCUUUGU